AUGAAGGUGUUCCUCGUUGCCGCCGUGCUGGCCGUGGCCGCCGCCGAUUCUCCGGCUCCGUACCACCCGACUCCGGCUCCGUACCACCCGGCUCCGGCCUACAAGCCGGCUCCCUACCAUCCGCAGACCCAGUACAAGGAGGAGGCCAGGCCGUUCGCCUUCGACUACGCCGUCAACGACCACUACACCGGCACCAACUUCGCCCGCAACGAGCAGAGCGACGGUCACAACGUGCAAGGCUACUACUCGGUGGUUCUGCCCGACGGUCGUACCCAGCACGUCAAGUACACGGCUGACCACUACGGUGGAUACAACGCCGAGGUCACCUACGACGGAGAGGCCGCCUACCCCGAGCAGCACUCUGCCUACAAGCCGGCUCCCUACCACCCGGCCCCUGCCUACAAGCCGGCCCCGUACCACCCGGCCCCUGCUUACAAGCCGGUCCCUGCCUACAAGCCCGCACAUCAUUAAUGCGGUGAUGUGUGGUGAAAGGAGCGAAUGAGUUGUGGUGUGUACUAUUUAUCGCGUUUCUAAAUGUAUGUAAAUAAACGUUUAUGUUU